AUGGAAUAGCUGACAAUGUGGGAUACAAGAAACAGGACCAUGGUGCAAGAGUUCAUCCUGGAGGGGUUCCCUGCGGUCCAGCACCUGGGGAACAUCUUGUUCCUGGUGCACCUGCUGGCAUACCUGGCCUCCCUCAUGGGAAACACGCUCAUCAUCACCGUCACCUGGGCUGACCACCGCCUUCAGACACCCAUGUACUUCUUCCUCAGCAGUUUCUCCUUUGUGGAAACCUGCUGUAUAACCUCUGUUAUUCCCAAACUGCUGACCAUCUUCCUGUCAGGGAAGCAAACAAUUUCCUUUGCUGCCUGCUUCACACAAGCUUUUCUUUUCCUUUGCCUUGGGUCAGCUGCUUUCUUUAUUAUGGGUGUGCUGUCUCUGGAUCGGUACCUGGCCAUUUGCAAACCUCUGCGUUACUCCAGCAUCAUGAGCCCCAAGGUGUGUUUCCUCCUGGUCACUGCCUGCCUAGCUUUGGGAUUCCUCUUCAUGCUGGUUCCAGUAGUGACGCUAUCCCAGUUGUCCUUCUGUGGCCCCAAUGUCAUCCCCCACUUCUUCUGUGAUUUUGGGCCCUUGGCUAAGCUCUCUUGCUCGGAAACCAUGUCUAUUGAGACGUUGUUCUUCAAUCUUGCUUUUUUAGUUCUUUUUACAUCCUUCCUUUUAACCAUCAUUGCAUACAGCAACAUUGCAGUCACAAUAGUGAGGCUGCCAUCAGCCAAGGAGCGAAAGAAAGCUUUCUCCACCUGCUCAUCUCAUCUCAUUGUCCUCUCUCUCAUGUAUGGCAGCUGCUUUUUUAUAUACAUCAAACCAAAGCAGACGAGCAGGGUGGACUUCAACAGAAAGGCUGCUCUGGUGAACACAGUGGUGACCCCUGUGCUGAACCCUGUCAUCUACACCCUGCGCAACAAGCAGGUGCACCAGGCUCUGAGGGAUGCUCUGUGCAGGGUGAAGUAG